AUGACGAGUUCUUGCAUUGCCAACCACACGCUUGUCGUCGACGUCGACGCGCUCUAUGUCAAGCCCUUUACUGUGGACACCCUCGUCAUCGCGUCCGGGCAAACGAGCAACGUUCUGUUCAUCUCUACCAAGCCGAUGUACCCUGGCGCGAGGUACUACACGGAGGCGCGGCGCCCAGAUAACCUCCCGGUCUUCGCGCCGACCCUGCCGCAGAUCAAAACCACGAAGCACCGCAGCCUCGGAAGAGCGGAAUACCUGGCCACCGCACCGCGGAACAUCGACUGGCGCUUCUUCUUCACCGCGGGGCUCGGCACGCACACAUGCGCCUUCAAUGGGACCUGCCAGGGCCCGAACGGGUCUCAGUUCGCGGCGUCCAUCAACAACGUCUUGUUCGUGCUGCCCACGGUGGCCCUGCUGCAGGUGCACUUCGUCUUUGUCACGAAUAAUCACGAUUUCGAGGGAUCGGCGAGCGAGGCGAGCGGGAGGAUCGAACUCGAGGUGGAGGCAAUGUCAUAG